UGUCAUCAAAGAUGGCGAUUUGCUGAGUGCUCAUGGACUCAUCUCAUGGUCAUGGAUAAAUAUUCUCUUGCUUGAACUUGUGGUUAAAUGUAAUUUCUGUUUUACUUUUGAAUAUUUUUAAAAACAGCUGUAAUCGAAGCGCAAGGGGAAAACAGCGUGAGCUACCGCAACAAUGCAAAUCACGCUAAAAACACUGCAACAGCAGACCAUUCAAAUUGACAUAGACCCUGAUCAAACGGUGAAGGCACUGAAAGAGAAGAUCGAAGCAGAGAGGGGAAAAGAUAACUUCCCAGUGUCUGGACAGAAGCUCAUAUAUGCUGGCAAAAUCCUGCAAGAUGACACACCUAUUAAAGACUACAAAAUUGACGAGAAGAAUUUCGUUGUAGUUAUGGUAUCGAAGGCAAAGUCUGCCAUAGUUGCUUCAACACCUUCCUCAGAGGCACCCAAGGCCCCUGUCCAGGACUCUGGAUCGUCUGCGGGCCCGGCCCCUGCAGCCAUCCCUAUCCCCUCAGAGGAGCCCACACCUACAGUCGCAGAGCCCCCAGCUCCAGCCAGCUCCGACCCCAGUGUGGAGGUCCAGGGGGGAGAUGCCUCCUCUGCCUUGGUGACAGGAGCGGAGUAUGAGACCAUGCUGACAGAGAUAAUGUCUAUGGGUUAUGAGAGGGAGAGAGUGGUAGCUGCUCUCCGGGCCAGCUUCAACAACCCCCAUCGGGCUGUGGAGUACCUCCUCACUGGCAUUCCUAGCAGUCCGGUCCAAGAGACUAAUCCCCCAGCACAGCUUCCUGCAUCUGCCCGCACAGGCACAGAGACCCCUACUGUAGCUGAGGGAGAAAACCCUCUGGAGUUCCUGCGUUCCCAGCCUCAGUUCCAGAGCAUGAGGCAGGUGAUCCAGCAGAACCCCUCACUGCUGCCAGCUCUACUCCAACAGCUGGGCCGGGAGAACCCACAGCUCCUACAGCAAAUCAGCCAGUACCAGGAGCUGUUCAUCCAGAUGCUGAAUGAGCCGGCGGGGGAGGUAGGAGACGUGCCUGAGGUGGGGGACCUGGGUGCUGCAGUGGAGGAGGGAGCUCCAGUCAACUACAUUCAGGUCACGCCUCAGGAGAAGGAAGCCAUCGAGAGGUUAAAAGCGUUGGGUUUCCCCGAGGCGCUGGUGAUCCAGGCCUACUUUGCCUGUGAAAAGAACGAGAACCUAGCGGCCAACUUCCUCCUGAACCAGGGCUUUGAGGAUGAAUGAGAGGCGCUGGCCUGCCCUCCUCUCCAGCCCAGCACAAGGACUGCAUCCCACUGUAGAGCAAUGAUCUUCAGGUCAUUUCAGGGGGGGGGGGGGGGGGGUCUUACAAGCUACACAAAGUAUAUGUUGAUCUAAGGGUGAAAGAGGAAUUAUGAAAUCCACUUGAAUUCCAAUGGAAUGUGUGGGAUUUGUUUAGGGCAGAUAUAUAUUGAGAUUUUAGAAGAGCUUUGGGAAUGGGAAGGAGGGGGCUGAAGGGUUUGGAGUGUGUGCGUGUGUACAAGUGGAUGCCAUUCAAUUAAGGUGCAAAGUCAUUGAUAUGCAUAUCUAAGCUUGUUAAUGCUGUAGCUGGUUGUAAUGGAAGCACAUUCUCCUUGAUGCACUUCUACAAUGUUGGUGUAUUGAGGCAAGAGGGGAAAGGGAAACUAAACUGACGGUCAUGAAGAGUCCGCUUGUGGUCUGUUCAUUUGAUUGCACCAGUCCCUCACAUUUCCUUUGCCAUUCAAAAACCAACCACAUAGCAAAACACAUUUCUCAUCCCAUGAUAUUGUCAUACAGGCAAGUACAUUUUGCCAGUGGCCAGGCUAAGUUAUUUAUGAGGUCCCCUCACUUCACCUCAAAGCUAGCGCUUUAAUUUUCACUCAGAUGUCCAUGAUCUCUCUGGGUGUGGAAAUGCUCAACAUCCUGAGUAAAUCGAGCGGGAUAGAAUAACCAAAAUGACAAAUGGAUGUGUGUAUGCUCACAUAACCGUAUAGGUACAUUACUGUGUGGAUAUGUGUCUGAAAAUUAGGUUUUGCUGAAAGGUGCACAGUCCUCUCUAGUGUUAUGUGUCUGAUGAGCUGAGCAACGCUGACGUUACCUUUACAUAUAAUCCUCUGAAGGGGGGAGAGAGAGAUGGCAGGGACCAGUCCUGGGAUGCUGGAGUUACUCACUUACCUCUUUCCCAAGGCUGAGGAGUAGACACACCACCUUUCUCAUAGGAUCUGAUUAAUAGUACACACUAAGGGCAGCUCAAAUACAACGGGACCAGCUGGUCUUGAGACACUAAGGGCUGGAUUCAACCCGUAUCGUGUAAAAAUGUAAGGGUAAUUUCCUGUUGAGCUGACAUAUGCAGUAUUUACCAUGAAUGCAGUCUCGGCGACUGCGGGAACAUUGUCUUUAAAUUGUCAAUAGCGCUAUAAAGCGGAUAUUCAGCACUACGGAUUGAAUAGAGCCCAAAAUGUCCAGUAGGAACAAGGGUCCACAUGAAGGUUGUCCGUAUAAAGUCUUUAUUAAACCAGGACCCAGUCAUAGCCAAUCAUUGUCAUCAUCCACAGCCUGAAUGAGCCUAUUCAGACUAUUCAACAGUCUUUAGUGAUGAGGUGAAUCUGAAGUUUAAACCGGCUAUCACCUAGCUUUAACCACCUGUUUCCAACUGAGAUAGUUGACACAUGCCUUAUUACACUAACGAUUCUGUGUUUUGAGAUGUUGCUAUUGUGGGUUUUAUGAUAGAACCAAGAAAUGUGUGGUUUUAUGAAUACUCACUUAUCAAGGUAUGUUUUCUCUUUAACUUAACAUGGCAGGAGUUUAAUGGGUCUAUGAAGAGACAAGCUUUUAUGAGUUUGGAUUGAACAGAUGCAUACAAAUGUAUUGGCUUCCUUGCUAUUUUUACCCUGCGGGCACCUUCAACUUGCCACAAGUAGGAUCAACUACACUUGCCGAGAAUCACUUGCCUCAAACCAAAUUCAUUGUGAAUUUAGUUCAUGCCAUUUUUGACUUAAGUGAAACAUUUUCAGUUUUGAUUGAUUUAUUGGACCUUUGAAACAAAUGCACAUGUGAACACACAGUUUUCAAUCUCAACUUAUUUUAAAGGAAUAGUGAAUCAUGAAUAAGUGAUCAUGCCAAUAUGUUUGACUGCAUCUGUUUUUGUGAACAUGGCUUUCACUGACACUGGCAUUUUACAGCAUCAACAUGAUCCGCUUCAAUGCUCAGCUUCAUUAAACAUCAAUAUGUCA